AUGGCGGCGGCGGCGGGAGCUGCAGCGGCGGCGGCCGCCGAGGGGGAGGCCCCCGCUGAGAUGGGGGCGCUGGUGCUGGAGAAGGAGCCCAGAGGAGCCACUGAGAGAGUUCAUGGCUCUUUGGGGGACACCCCUCGUAGUGAGGAGAUCCUGCCCAAGGCCAACCCCGACUCCCUGGAGACUGCUGGCCCCUCAUCCCCAGCCUCUGUCACGGUCACCGUCGGCGAUGAGGGGGCUGACACCCCUGUAGGGGCCACACCACUCAUUGGGGAUGAACCCGAGAAUCUCGAGGGAGAUGGGGACCUCCAUGGGGGCCGCAUCAUGAUAGGCCAUGCCACGAAGUCAUUCCCGUCUUCCCCCAGUAAGGGGGGUGCUUGUCCCAGCCGAGCCAAGAUGUCAAUGACAGGGGCCGGAAAAUCACCCCCAUCAGUCCAGAGUUUGGCUAUGAGGCUGCUGAGUAUGCCGGGGGCCCAGGGGGCAACAGCGGCAGGCCCUGAACCUCCUCCGGCCACAGCCAGCCCGGAGGGGCAGCCCAAGGUCCACCGAGCCAGGAAAACCAUGUCCAAACCAGGAAAUGGACAGUCACUGCUUCACAUAUUUACCAAGGCGCUACUGUGUGUCAGGCUCCUUUAA